UGCUGAACAAAUCUGUCUAAUUACUUUGCCGUUGUCCCCAUGCACCCAUCACAUGAAAAACUGUUAUUUAAAGUAAAGUAAAGUGUAACUGGAACAGUUAUCAGGAAAACUGUCAAACUUAAUCUUGAAAAAACCAAAAUGUUUGUCGCAAUUACGGUUUUGUGUCUUUUAGUUCCUUCACAAUUGGCUGCAGUGAUAAAAAAUGAAAAUCUGUUCCAGUACAUAAAUCCUACUCCUGAUAACGAGCUACUUCGUGAAGAUAAACAGUUCUGGUACGAUGUUGGUAACAACUAUUUGGAAAAAAACUUAAGAUAUGACCACGAAAGCACCACGAAAGUGGCCAAAAACGUCGUUAUUUUAAUCGGGGAUGGGAUGGGGAUUAGCACCAUCACAGCCACACGGAUCUAUAAGGGCCAAAGAAGUGGGAAAAGCGGUGAAGAUCACACGCUUGCCUACGACAACUUUCCCAAUGUUGCCCUAGUUAAGACUUAUAAUGUGGAUAUGCAAGUGCCAGAUUCUGCCGGAACUGCCACUGCUCUCUUCACAGGUGUUAAAACCCGAUAUGAAGCGGUCGGUGUUGAUGUUAAUUGCAAUAAAACUAUUGCCGAUCGGACCGUUUUUGAGGCCAGCAAACUUGAGGGUAUCAUGACUUGGGCGCAACAAGCCAACAAAAGCACUGGCAUUGUUACCACCACCAGAAUAACACACGCUACUCCUGCCUCAACUUACGCCCAUGCCCAUUAUCGGGAAUGGGAGUGUGACAGCGAAAUGCCCCAAGAGUUCAAACCUUUUGUCAAAGACAUCGCCAGACAACUGGUGGAGGACGCCCCUGGUAACAAUUUCAAGGUCAUACUCGGGGGAGGUUACCAGCAAAUGGGCCACAUUUUCGAAGAUCUGAGCGACGGUGAAUGCGUCAGAAAUGAUACUUUGAAUCUCACGCAAACAUGGAUUGAUGAUCACAAAGGGCUUAAGGCUUCGUUUGUGACAAAUAACCAACAACUGGAGAAUGUGGGUGAUGUGGAUUAUCUUUUGGGGCUUUUUUACCCCGACCAUCUCCCGUACGAAUUGUUGCGUAACAAAGGGCUCGACGGAACCCCGAGUCUCUCCCAAAUGACCAAAAAAGGUCUAGAUAUUUUGCAAAAGAACCCCAAUGGGUUUGUCCUAAUGGUUGAAGGCGGUCGUAUCGACCACGGCCACCACGACAAUUACGCCCGACUAGCACUGGAGGAAGCAUCAGAGUUUGAGAAAACUGUGGCCCUAAUUGUGGAAACCUGCGGCCCUGAGACUCUAAUUCUGGUGACCGCGGACCAUUCGCACGCCAUGACACUGAACGGUUACAGCCGGCGCGGAAAUGACAUUUUAGGAUAUGGGCUUGAGACGGAAGAUGACAAACCGGCCCUCACUUUAACCUACGCCAACGGGCCGGGAUUCGCCUACCACUUUUCCCCCAACGUUUCGACGGUUUUGGGCCCUUGGCGUGAUGUCAGAGAGGAUUGGAACCGUCUGAAUAACCCGAAAUAUCAACAGAUGGCGAGUUUUGAGCUCGAUGAUGAGACGCAUGGGGGCGAAGAUGUUGCUAUUUUUGGGACAGGGCCCGGCUCGCAUCUUGUCCGGGGAGUGGUUGAGCAAAACUAUGUCGCACAUUUGAUCAGCUAUGCGGCUUGUAUCGGGCCUAGGGCCGGAAUUAACCCGCGGUGUGCGAAAAAUCUGGACGUUUCACUUGUCGGCAAUUUUUAUUUACUGUUUUCGAUGCUGUUUUUCUUAAAUAAAUUAUAAUUAUAACUUAUUUAAAUAAAAAUAGUUAUGAAUA